AUGGCCUCCGCGCGGCCGCCGGGCCGGGCCUGCGCCGCUGUGCCCGCGCCCGCGGGGCUCCGGGCCGGGCCGCCCGCCCUCCCGGCCGCCGCCGCCGCCUCCCCCGAGCCUGCGGGCGGCGCGGAGGCCGAGGAGCGCUCGCUGCAGCACAUGCUGCGCGCCAUAGCCGAGGAGCGCGGCCGCGUCAGCCUGCGCCGCGAGGUCUGCGGCCUCGGGUGCUUCAAGGACGACCGCAUCGCCUUCUGGACGUGGAUGUUCUCCACCUACUUCAUGGAGAAGUGGGCCCCGCGCCAGGACGACAUGCUCUUUUACGUGCGCCGGAAGCUGGCGUUCGCGGGCAGCGAGGGUGCCCUGGACGGGCGGAAGCUGGCGGAGGCCGAGCCCGAGGUGGAGGUGGAGGUGUACCGGCGGGACUCCAAGAAGCUGCCGGGCCUCGGAGACCCGGACAUCGACUGGGAGGAGAGCGUCUGCCUGAACCUCAUCCUGCAGAAGCUGGACUACGUGGUGACCUGUGCUGUGUGCACGCGAGCCGACGGCGGGGACAUCCACAUCCACAGGAAGAGGUCCCAGCAAGUGUUCGCGUCCCCCAGUAAGCACCCCAUGGACAGCAAAGGGGAGGAGUCCAAGAUCAGCUACCCCAACAUCUUCUUCAUGAUCGACAGCUUCGAGGAGGUGUUCAGCGACAUGACUGUGGGGGAAGGGGAGAUGGUCUGCGUGGAGCUGGUGGCCAGCGACAAGACCGACACGUUCCAGGGGGUCAUCUUUCAGGGCUCCAUCCGCUACGAGGCGCUCAAGAAGGUGUAUGACAACCGCGUGAGCGUGGCGGCCCGCAUGGCCCAGAAGAUGUCAUUCGGCUUCUACAAGUACAGCAACAUGGAGUUUGUGCGCAUGAAGGGGCCCCAGGGCAAGGGCCAUGCCGAGAUGGCGGUCAGCCGUGUGUCCACAGGUGACACAUCCCCCUGUGGGACCGAAGAGGACUCUAGCCCGGCUUCACCCAUGCACGAGCGGGUGACCUCCUUCAGCACACCCCCCACCCCUGAGCGGAACAACCGGCCUGCCUUCUUCUCCCCAUCUCUCAAGAGGAAGGGGCCCCGGAACCGGAUUGCAGAGAUGAAGAAGUCUCACUCGGCCAACGACAGCGAGGAAUUCUUCCGGGAGGACGACGGGGGAGCCGACCUGCACAACGCCACCAACCUGCGGUCUCGCUCCCUGUCGGGCACGGGGCGCUCCCUGGUCGGGUCCUGGCUGAAGCUGAACAGGGCAGACGGGAACUUCCUUCUCUAUGCACACCUAACCUACGUCACUUUGCCGCUGCAUCGGAUUUUAACAGACAUCCUGGAAGUUCGGCAGAAGCCCAUCCUGAUGACCUAGCCGUGUGAGGAGCCCGCGCGGAGCCCCCAGCCCUGCCCAGUCCUGGGGUACUGCCAAGUGCCUACCUGCCCACCGCCACUGGGGUCUUCUGGGACCGCCCAGCACCAGAGCCGGAGCCAGGCGGGGCCGCUCGCCUCCCGGGGCCAGGGCCGACCCCACGAACACCAGCCCAAACUGAAGUGCCUCCUCCUCGUCCCUGCUGGCCCUGCUCCGGCCCCCGCGCCCGCCCACCCACCACCCUCAGCCUGUCUCUGGGGGGAUCCUCUGCACCCCGAGGAGCAGACCCACCAGUAGGCCGCAAGAGAGCGAGGGAGCGGCCAGCGGCCAGCCCGCGGACCCGACGCUCACCUCCCAGCAGACAGCAGGGAGACCACCUGGCUGGAGCCGCGCCACGUGUCCAGCGCUCAAGGAAAACUGGUUUAAGAUGUGGUGACGCUGAUCCAAUGAGUCAGUCCCGAUCGUCUGUCCUCCCGGCUUCCUCGCGGUCGUCUUUAGAUGGGUUUCCACAGGGAGCACGGCCGUCUGCUGGCUCUGCCCUGGGCUGGGAAUACCUCACCCUGCGCCCGGCUCAAGACCGGCCCUCGUCCUGCCAGAAUGGCCUUUGCUUCCAGCCAAAGAGCAUCACCCACAUAAACACACCUCCAACCCGGAGACGACCUAUCUGCACCUCAGCUGGCGUGACCCGCAGGAUUGGGGUCCUGAGGGCAGGAGGGAGGGGUCGUACCCAGACAGGAGAAGGGUGGGGUCUCCCGCCGGAAGGGUGGAUGAUGCGCCGUGGGGUGAUGUCCUCCUAGAAAGGUUCCAGGCCGAGCCUCCGUCCUCUGGGGCCAGGGCAGGGGCUGGAGCGUCUCGUCUUCCCUGCUUUCCUGGAGCUCAUUUUCUUUGACUGGGUGUGCCGGUCCCACCUCUCAGGCCAGUCACUGAGGCAAAGAGGCAUUGGCUUCCCCGUGGCCCGGGGCUGGUCAGGCUUCCUUCCAGCUUGGAUGGAAGGUUUCCAUCUGCGGGGACACACCGUGCUCCUCUCAGAACCAGGAGUCUCCCCAGGAGCAGAAACGUCGCUCUUGCUGUUUCCCACGGGAUAAGCCGUCAGCUGGGUCUCUGCUGCUCUGUGCGCGCCCUCAGGGGUAUCCGAAGGGUCCCUGGUGUGUGGUUAGUGAACCCCUGGGGGAGGAGAGGGGAAGGAGGAGGGGCUCAUGUUCCCGUCCGUUUCUGUCCUUUGCGCUCCAAGGGUUUGCUUCGAGCUCUGGGAAACGGGGACUCCUUUGGGGCUUCUCCAGAUUUUGUACGCUGUUAUUAAAAGCGAGCCACUGCAUUUCAUUCUGCCUCAGUUUGCCCACCUGUGAAUGGGGCUGAUACCACCUACCUCACUGAAGUCUCCAGGGUUCCAGCGCACGACCAGGUCAGGAUGAGAUGGCCAGUCAUUCCGCAUAGCUCAGCUCAGGUGAUGGGGCAUAGGAAUGCUUUCCUCCCCCUCCCCGCCCACCCCAACCCUGUCACCCGGGCCAAGAAGGCGAGCAGUGAGGUCAGGGCAAACAUUCUCGCCUCCUCUGACAGCGCCUGGCUCACCCAUGUUCAGCUGCAUCUCAGCUCCUCGCAUGGUUUGACCAUCUGACGUCCCAAAGCUGCGUCUUCCAGCCCCAGAGCGCUGGAGCAGAGCUUCAGGGAGCCGGGAGUCCAGCCAGGGUCCUGAGACGGGGGUUGAGUGUUCCCUGGGCUCCUUUCCUUCCUGGUUUUCUGGGAUCUGAAGGCUCUGGGCCCCGACCUUGGGAAAAAUGCAGUCCUGACUCAUCUCCCGGGGGUGAGGUCGUUCAGCACACGUACAAGUGCAGGGCCCUCCUCGUCGUCAGCGGUGAGGAGCUGGAGGAGGGGCCUCCCACUGGGGCCAGGAAUAGGCUCCCCUGUUAAGACACCUCGUAGGGUAACUGAGGGCCAACUGCAGGAAGCUUGUAUGCGUGCUUUGCAGAUCUUGGAAAUGAGGGCCAGGGGUUAGCGAUCACACCUCACUCGUAAAGCACAUGAACAGACGCACAGCAUGGUUUGGCUGUUUCAUACCCAACGUUGAGGAGUCCCUGGCAUAUGCAGGCACUAUGCUAGACAUUUAGGUGCCAUCAUCACCCCCGUCUUGGAGACGAGGAGGUGGCCACAGGGAGGUCAGGUGAGCUGCCUGAGACUGGACAGUGAGCUGAACGACAGGAGCACAGCCCAGGCAUCCGGCCCCAGUGGACACGGAGCUGCGGCCCCCUGCCGCCCCAGGACGGACACAGGAGCUGAGCUUUCUCAGUCUUAAACCCUCCGGGGGUACUUCUGACACUUGUUCUAAACAAGCCUAGAGGCGUUUGGUCACUAGGCAGUAAGCCGUUCUGAGUUUUGCUUUCUUCAGUUGCAAAUGACUUCAGUAACAGAGUCAGAGAGGCACGUGACAGCUGGAACCGGGCCUCCAACGUCCCGGGGCGCCUCGGUGUGGCCACACCUCACUUCCUGUAAGGCCAUCUUUCAUUUUCCAGGAACAUGCCUGGCUUAUGUAACAAGGAGGCGGCCAGAGCGUGUGGGAACUGGAAUUCAAGUCCGGGGUUCCUUUGAAGAAGCCUGUAACCUUUAAGCUUUUUAAGGACAUUAGUAAGGAAGUUCCCUUCUUUCCAGUGAAACGUCUUGGUUCUAUAGUCUGGCCAGGCCCUGUGGUCCCUGUUUGCGUCUCCCAGCGCCUGAGGGUUCAGGCGGCGUUCAGUCUCCAUCCCAAUGUCUGAUAGAAGGAAUUUUCAGUUGUCUGUGAAAACAACUGAGCCUUGUUACUUCAAAAGAAUAUUAUUUAAAACAACUAUCAUUUAAAACAUUAGGUAACAGAGAAGUUGUCAAAGACAAGCAAACUAUUCUAUAGCCAGUCAACUUGGAGAUAGCGUGGAUUUUCUGGUGAGUCAGAGCCUUGCUAAUAUUUGGGCUUUUCAAGGACUGUGAGCAAAGCGUAAGAAAUCAACUAGGUUUCUACCAAAGAUGCUAAUGACAGAAAGGCAUGUUCCUGAUGUGAUUUUUUUUUUUUUUUUCAAAGAAUCUAGCUAGAAUCAAACCAGGAUCUCUUUUUGCUAUUUUAAUCACAUAAACUAGUCAGUAAACAUUUUUGAAGAAUGAUGUGAAAACAUCAUUUUUUUUUUCUGUUAAAAGACAUUCCAGAGGAAGUCCCUAUGCAGUUACUAUUGUCUAAUGACCAACAUUUGAAAAACGUAUUUGACAUUAUCAUAACACAGGCGUUUUAAAUUGCUGGCCAAAUUUUUAAGAUUUGUAGAUAAAACUGUCAACUUACACCAUGAAUAGAUUCCACUCUGAUAAUUCUGUUCAGUUUUCCAGUGUAGCUGGAAUUUAGUUUCAAAAGCCAAGUGUCUUUUGACAGUUCAUGGAUUAUUCCUGUUCAGUCCUUUUCUCUCCUGAGUAUCAGAAAGCAGAGCUGUUUCUCUUUGAAAGGUGUCCGCCCUAGUGGGACAGACUCCAGCAGGGAUGCGAUGCUGGCCCAGGUCGGGCCCCAGAGCCGGGGUGAAGCAGCGUCUGGGGGCAUCAGCUGUCAUUUGGACAGGGCUCCUCUCCGGCCAGAGUCCCGUCCCAUCCUCCCAGGAGCUGGGUGCUGGGGGCACCGUGGCUUCCUUCCCUUGUCCCUGCUCACGGACUGACUGGGCGCUGACAUGGCCAUGGGUAGAAAGGAGCCCUGCAGCCCUUCCUUCGUCUGAGCCCUGGGGCACCACACGGAAGCCAGGUCCCUUGAACACCGAGUGGCCCGGGGUUGGGUUCAGAGUCCAUGGCUGGCAGAGCCUCGGGAGCGGAGGCGGCCGGCCUUGUGCAGGCGUUUGUGUUUACAGUUUGCUACCCUGCCCGAGGCAGGCGGGCAUCUUUGCGGCUGCGGCUCCAGCCCUGAGCUCAGCAGGUCAAAACCCACAGUGAUGCUCCAGCUCCACUGCGGGCAUCCAGUCUCUCAUUCCCCCACUUCCUGAAGGUUGGGCGAUUUAGGUGUAAAUAGUAAUCUUUUAUGGUCUCCAAACGGAUUCUAUGUGUGAUGAUAUGUAAACCUGCAAAGAAAACCUGUGGAGGUUUUUCAUGACUUUGAGGCUCAAUUAAAAUGAUUUCUACAAAGUCUAUUUUAGCAGAAACACAACGGCAUACUUUGACUGUGUUAGGAUCUGUUGGUGGUAUUUCCAUAAGCACUGUCAAUGGCUUCGGGAUUAACCAUCUUCCACAUACAAUAGGAAUAAUUUCUAAGCAGUAAUUGUGGUUGGCUGUUAGCUGUGCUUUAUGACUUUGCAUUUCUUUUGAAAGUUGAUUUGCAUGUUGGGUAUUAUUUAUUUCUUCUCUAUUGAAUCUGUACCAUUAUUUUUUUCUCUAAUGGGUGUUUUGGAUUAAAUACGGAUACUACUUCAAUGUGUUAACUUGCUGAUUGAAUCUUAAUUUUUUCCCCCGGAGAUGUCUUAACAUUUGGAGCUUUGAUACAAGUUACUCUACUAAAUGACAAGAAGGCACGCCCCAGCUCUGGCGGGCCUGGGAGUUGGCAGGGAGGUCUGGAGGCCAGCAGCUAGAAUGUGCUCAGAUGCUGUAUUUGUAGAAUGAAAUCACAGAUAUGCUUUAGGUUCGGCUUUUGGCCCCUAUAAAGCAGUAUAUACCCUUUCAGCUAUAAAAUUUCCCAAGCUUUUGCUAGAGAACCUCUUAAAAGGCCCUCAGAGACGUGGGAAAAAGACUAGAAUAAAAGUCAGGAGUCCCAGGUUCAAGUGCUGGCAGGCUCCCAACAAGCGACUGGUCUUCUGGAAGGUAGUUUUUGGACUGUGGCUCUCUGUUGCCUCCUAGCUGUCAGGUAGACACUGAGACUGUUCACAGCCCCCACAGGCCAACUCCACCAGCGCCGCCACCUCCAGGUUCUGUGGAAGGAAACUGCUCAGGCAGCAGGCUCUUUCUUUCCACGGUUAGGUGAUCUCUGAUGUCAUGAGGUCAUGGGCAAAAGGCCUAGACACCACAGAAAGUUAAAACAAAAGGUGGGGGCGGGGGGCAGUUGGGAGGAACACAAUCAGGAAGUAGGGUCAUCACUUCAAAUGACAUCUCCUAGAAAGUCACUGCAUUAGAAACGCAAGCCAGGAUCCUCAGAACUGGCGUCACCAAGGGCAGCCUGUACCUAGGAAGAUGUGCAGAUGGUGCUUAAAGAGGAGGCAGUUUAGUAGGUAAGGGAGGACUUCCUCUUCAUCCAGGCAGCCUGCUUUCUUGUUGACUCUCUGGAGUCUCUAACUUGGAAGCUGCCUGCGGUAGCUGUGCCCUACUAACCGCCUGCUCUCGAAGGCUACCUCUGUCCCCAUUCUCUCACUCUGACAUAGAUGCGCUUUAGGAACCGCUGUCGUGCCCUAGCUUGGAAAAAGAAAAGUUGACUAGAAGGGAAAACCUUGGGGAAUUUUCUACCGGGAGGAGGGGUAAACGUAUAAUCAUCCAUACAGUACCACGGUUCAUUGUAUAUAUACAUGUUGAAUGUGUAAACACCCUGUACUCUGCGCUCAAUUGUUAAAAUGACAGGACAGUUGGAAAACUUCUAUGAGGAAGGAAAAUAUUUGUUUUGGGGAUGAUCAGACAAAAGAUGUCUUUUCCUUUGCUUACAGCUUUAUUCAGUUCUUUCCUGACUUGGCCUCCACGUAAGCCGAAAGGCUUAACAAGACACUUUUUUCCUGUUUGUGGG